GCUUGUGUUGGUGUCUGGUAGAGUACAGUAGUACAGCUGGCUUGUCUUGCAAGUUGGACCUGUCGGCUGUGAACUGUUCUGAUCAGCUGGACUCCAUAAUUGUAAACACACUUUCCAGCCAAAGUUUAAGAUUCCACAAUUUAACAAUUCUCUUGGUGGUUUUGUAUUCAUCCAGCAAAUACAGAAUAGUUUCUUUGGACUGAUCUAUGCCUGCAUCAGCUGUCAGUGCUUACCUUGCGGCUAACAAUAAGUUGACGUUGUUAUCACAGGAGUUUUAAUCGCUUCAAGUUGUCCAGUGUGCUUGAGGAUGUCUAUAUCUACCGUCGUGGUUGCUCCAGUCGACACGGAGGAUAUGGUGAAAACAAUCCCCACUUACGAUCCCCAUCCUCCCGGUGCGCCGCCAGCUCAGAAGGCUGCUGUGCCGCCACCUCCGGAAGCGAAAGCCAAACCCAAACAAGUUCCCAACCCCGUCAAGUUUUUGCUGGGUGGAUUGUCUGGGUGUAUGGCCACUCUGGUUGUCCAUCCGCUGGAUCUGGUAAAAAACCGAAUGCAAUUGAGCGGGGAGGGUGGUGCAGCACGGGAGCACAAGACAAGUUUUCAUGCAAUCGGAAAUAUCGCUCGAAAAGAGGGAGUUUUGGGAUUAUAUGCCGGUCUUUCCGCCGGACUACUCCGACAAGCUACCUACACAACGACACGCUUAGGUGUUUACACAUGGCUGUUCGAAAAGUUUUCGGGGCCAGAAGGGCAGCCGCCUGGAGUUUUGACCAAGGCAGGAAUUGCUCUCACCGCCGGGAGUAUAGCUGCCACCAUAGGAACACCGGCCGAAUUAACAAUGAUCCGAAUGACAGCUGAUGGCAGGUUACCUCCCGAACAGCGACGAGGAUACAAAAAUGUCUUUGACGCUUUAAUUAGAAUAGCGCGCGAGGAGGGCGUACUGAAACUGUGGAGGGGUUAUAUUCCUACCGUUAGCAGAGCAAUGGUGGUCAACUUGGCACAAUUAGUAUCGUAUUCCCAGUCCAAAGAAAUUUUGAUUGAAUCUGGCUAUUUUAAGGACGGAUUACCCUGCCACUUUACAGCUAGCAUGAUCAGUGGUCUUGUCACAACUGCUGCCUCCAUGCCGGUGGAUAUCGCUAAAACAAGAAUUCAGAACAUGAAGAUAAUAAAUGGUAAACCGGAAUAUACUGGGGCUUUGGACGUAAUGAGCCGAGUAGUGAGAAACGAAGGAUUUAUAGCCCUUUGGAAAGGGUUUACCCCUUACUAUAUGCGAAUCGGGCCACAUACCGUAUUGACCUUUAUUUUUCUGGAGCAAAUGACGCGAUUAUACAAACUACAUAUGCUGUGAGGUGAUCGCAGCCAUCCGUUAUGCGUUUGCUGGUCAUUAAUAUGUGAAGUGGGUAUUCCGGCGCGGUUUAAGUGAUAUACAAGUAUAAUUCAAUGCUCAAAUAUGCAUGCAGAUUGCUGGCUUAAUUUGUUGAUACAGUAAUGGUUCACUGGAAAGGUUUCAUUUGUUUUUAACGUUUCAGUUUCACAUUCUCGUACGGUUCUUUUCGCAGUUCACAAUGCUUGUGUAAUUUAUAAUUACGAUAAUUACUGUGUUUUUGAGUUAAUGUUUUUAUUGUUUUUGUUUGUGCCGUACCAAUUUUGGAUUUGCUUUUCGGUGAACUUAGUUUGUCAGUUAUCAAAAAUUCUUUGUAGCGCGGUAG